AUGCUCUUGAUCCAGCUCACGAUCGUCUUUCCCUUCCUGGCUAUUCUGGCGAGCGCCCAGAGUGAAACCUAUCCGGACUGUUGUGCAGCACUCCGCACGAAGGGUCUUAGUGUCUGCGACUUUGACUUCCUAGGCUCCACCACCGCUACGACUGCUCAAACUGCCUGUGUCUGUUCCAUCGACGGUAUUGACACACCACUGAACGAAUGUAUCACCUGUAUCCGCGCGACACCAGAGUUAACUGGGUACGCGGAUUCAUAUGCUUCGAUUUGCAGUAGUUACCAAACCACCGCGACGGCCAUGGGUGACAACUCUACCUCUACUACCAUGACGGACUCGACCAGCUCUUCGAACUCCACAACAAGGACCACCACAACGCGUUCAUCCACCACCACAACAAGGGUGCCAACAACAGCGAGUACCACGACCCAUGUUGCAGUGGCCAGUGCUGUAGAGAGUGGGAACGAUGCAAUAGGCGGCAAUGUUCCAAGUAUCGUGCUAGCAGCCCUCGCAGUGCUGGCGCAAAUAGGCCUCUAA